AUUUUCUUGCGAGUCUUUCCAAUGUCAACUCCAAAUUCCUUUACCUCUGUCAUCAUUUCUUGCUGAUUGGGUUAUUCCCUUCACCAGAUUUUUCCAAUCGAAAAUCAAGAAACAACCGCCCUUUUCUUUCUCCGUGUGUUCAAGAAUAAACCUCCUCCUGGGUUUUCUCUUGCACAAAUCUCAUCUAGUGUUCUAUCGUGGGGAGCCGUUUACGCCGUCUUCCCACCUCACUCCUUGGGUUUAGCAGCCAUCUUCAUGCCUAGAUUUCUCUCGGGACUUUUUCCGAGCAAUUGAUGUGCGAGAGUGAGUUAUUUCCUCCUCAAUUUCUGCUGCGCAAAAUGGGUUGCAUUCAGGUCAAAUGCUGCAGGACUUGCUCGCCCACCACGGACGACUUCAACGAGGAAGAGAACCCGGGCGUCCAUCCCGGCCCGAACAACGCCCGCGGGCCCUCCGACAACAUACCCCUGGACGCCGUGCACGUCCCGUCCCACAAUCUCCAACUGUCAUACGCCGCCCUCAGCCACCGCGGCUACUACCCCGACGCCCCCGACAAGGAGAAUCAGGACAGCUACUGCGUGAAGACCGCCGUUCAGGGAAACCCUAACAUCCAUUUCUUUGGGGUUUUCGACGGGCACGGCCUGUGCGGGGCCCAGUGCUCGUCUUUCGUCAAGGACACGCUUUUCGAAAAACUCUCCGAUGACCCGUCCUUGCCUGAGGACCCCAUCUCAGCGUACAGCUCAGCCUUCCUGGCGACCAACGACCAACUCCACACUAUUGAAAUUGAUGACUCCAUGAGUGGGACGACCGCAAUUACAGCCCUCGUGAUUGGGGACAAACUGUACGUGGCCAAUGUGGGAGAUUCGCGGGCCGUGCUUGGGGUCAGGGAUGGGGACAGAGUUCUUGCCCAGGACCUGUCUUAUGAUCAGACCCCGUUUAGGAAGGAUGAGUGUGAGAGGGUGAAGCUGUGUGGGGCAAGGGUUUUGAGCGUUGACCAGGUGGAGGGGAUUAAAGACCCUGGGAUUCAGUCUUGGGGAGAUGAGGAGAGUGAUGGGUGGGACCCACCAAGGGUGUGGGUUCAGGAUGGGAUGUACCCAGGGACUGCCUUCACCAGGAGUGUUGGGGACAGUAUGGCAGAGAAGAUUGGAGUGGUUUCGGAUCCCGAGGUGUCGACUGUGAGUCUUGCACCCGAGCAUCCGUUUUUCGUGGUCGCUAGUGAUGGGGUUUUCGAGUUUCUAUCCAGCCAGACGGUUGUGGACAUGUUUUUAAUGCUUGUUGGCAUGAUGAGUGCGAAUUUUGUGCUUGUUGCUUUUGGUGUCGAUUGGAAAUACAGCGCAAUGACACUAUGGUAUAAUGGUUUAGUGGUUAAUAAGUAUGCCGAUCCCAGGGAAGCUUGUUCUGCCAUAGCUGAUGAAUCAUACAAAUUGUGGUUAGAACAUGAGAAUCGGACAGAUGAUAUAACGAUCAUCAUUGUACACAUUAAAGACUUGAACAUUGUAUAAAUCAUUGGGUUCUUAUCAUUAGUAGUGGCUCUCGCUUUCCUGAUACAAGAUUUGUUUUUUUUUUUAAUUAUUAUAUUAUUAUUAUUACUUCUGGAAAGAUUUAGAAUUAUUUGCAAUGGUACUGUUGCCUACUUAGAUAUAAUAUGUGGUGGUUUGCCUUGCUUAGUGAUGCUGGGAAAAUAUUUCAUUGUUUCCCUUUAGUACAUUAAAUGUUUGGAAAGCUAAGUGGUAUAUGUUACUGAAGCCGACUUAUCUCACUAGUGUAUAUACUAUUGGCCAAGUGUUGCCAAAUCGGG